AAGUAUUAGUGAAUCAGAAUCACCUGGCUUGGCCUAGCGCUUAAUCUCUCGCAUUCCGUGGAGAUCUAGUGCUUCUGCUGCAAGACCUCGCUGAAAAUUAGGGUUUCGAUUCGGAGGUAGACGAAGAUGUUCGGAAGGGCACCGAAGAAAAGCGACAGCACCAGGUACUACGAAAUCCUCGGCGUUUCCAAGAACGCUUCGCCGGAUGACUUAAAGAAGGCUUACAAGAAAGCCGCCAUUAAGAACCAUCCUGACAAAGGCGGUGAUCCCGAGAAGUUUAAAGAGCUUGCUCAAGCCUAUGAGGUUCUGAGUGACCCUGAGAAGCGCGAGAUUUAUGAUACAUAUGGAGAAGAUGCUCUUAAGGAAGGAAUGGGUGGUGGUGGCGGUGGCCAUGAUCCAUUUGAUAUCUUCAGUUCAUUCUUUGGUGGAAGUCCGUUUGGGUCAGGUGGUAGCAGUAGAGGACGGAGGCAGAGGCGGGGAGAAGAUGUGGUUCAUCCCCUGAAGGUCUCUCUGGAGGAUCUUUACCUCGGAACUUCAAAGAAACUCUCUCUUUCACGAAACGUGUUGUGCUCAAAAUGCAAUGGGAAGGGCUCAAAGUCUGGGGCUUCAAUGACCUGUGCUGGUUGCCAGGGUACUGGUAUGAAGGUGUCUAUUAGGCACCUUGGUCCUUCUAUGAUUCAGCAAAUGCAGCAUCCUUGCAAUGAGUGUAAGGGUACUGGAGAGACAAUCAAUGACAGAGACAGGUGCCAACAGUGCAAGGGAGAGAAGGUUGUUCAGGAGAAGAAAGUACUUGAAGUUGUUGUGGAGAAGGGAAUGCAGAAUGGACAGAAGAUUACAUUCCCUGGUGAAGCUGAUGAAGCGCCUGAUACAGUCACAGGGGAUAUUGUCUUUGUCCUACAACAGAAGGAACACCCAAAGUUCAAACGAAAGGCAGAUGACCUUUUUGUAGAACACACAUUGUCUCUUACUGAGGCUCUAUGUGGCUUCCAGUUUGUGCUGACUCACCUGGAUAGCCGGCAGCUUCUGAUCAAAUCAAACCCUGGGGAGGUUGUUAAGCCUGAGUCAUUCAAGGCAAUAAAUGAUGAGGGAAUGCCAAACUACCAGAGGCACUUCCUGAAGGGAAAGCUUUACAUUCAUUUCUCAGUGGAAUUUCCUGAUACCCUGAGUCUUGAUCAGGUGAAGGCUUUGGAGGCUGUUCUGCCAUCAAAGCCAACAUCACAGUUGUCAGACAUGGAGCUGGAUGAGUGUGAGGAGACCACACUCCAUGAUGUGAACAUGGAGGAAGAGACAAGGAGGAGGCAACAAGCUCAGCAGGAGGCAUAUGAUGAGGAUGAGGAUAUGCAUGGUGGUGCUCAGAGAGUGCAGUGCGCUCAGCAGUAAUGAGCCACAGGAGCGCUAGAGUAGACAUGUGAUGAUCUCGGUCAUGUUCUUUUUUAGCCGUUUGUGCGGGUCUAAACACAUUUAGUGUUUGAUAUCAGACGAUUUUAGCAACCAAACACUGUAGCAUUAUUGUCCAAGAAAUUAUUUCACAAGACAUCCUAAUACAAUUUUUUUUCCUUCUGAUGGCA